AUUGAUCAAAACGAGUGCUCCAAGUUGGUAACACUGUUUAGGCAUGGACACAAUAAUAAUAUCUCAAGGUGCAUUGUGUGAUUCAUCAGCAUCCAAAAAAAGUUGUGUAGUGUAUGAAUGUACAAAUUAAUUAGAAGCAGAUACAUCAGCAUCCACACAGAAUGGUAGUACUAUAAAUAUAAGCCAGGUCUCCCCAUUCUCCCCCAUAUGUUUUUUCCUGCAUGACAUAUUAUACAAACAGUACUCAACUUCAGAAGAGGAAGCUAGCAGCCAUGAGUAGAGGUGGAAGCUACGGCGGCGGCCAGAGUUCCUUGGGCUACUUGUUCGGUUCCGGCGAGCAGCAACCAAGUGCACCCCCAGCCAUGCCACCCGCUGUCAAUUCGCCGCCCUAUGGUAUCGAUACCGACACUGAGAAGCCACCAAACAUUAAUCCUUCCCCUUCAGAGAAGAAAAAUGUUUCCAACAACUACCAUAGAGCUCAAGGCCAGAAUUCAGGAAACUUCAUUACUGAUCGUCCAUCAACAAAGGUUAAAUCAGUGCCUGGGGGAGAUUCUUCUCUGGGGUACUUGUUUGGAGAUAAGCAGUGAAGUUUCUCAAUUGCCCCCAAUUUCUCUACUCUCCUUAAAAUUAGCGAGGAUAUUACUGUGCUUUUUCUUUUGUAACAAGGGAUAUAUAUAUAUAUCAAUUAAGCUUCUCUGGGUUUUGAAGAAGGGACAAUAUGUGGAAUAAGGGAUUCACUUCCCAUCAGAUCUGCUGUCUAGCUGUUGGGUUUGCAAGGGAGAGAUAAAGAACAAUCAGUAUGGGUCAUCUCUUCAAUAAAUAUAUGUAAAUCAAUAUGCAUUUAUAUAUAGAUAUGAUCAAUGUAUGUUAAACAAUAUAAAUAUAUAUAGGGGAUUGCUUGCUGUGAUGGAUAAUAUAUAUAUUAUAAGCAGUUUCUGUCA